GAGCGUUGUGGCCCAUGGGUCUUCCAUUAUCCAUGUUUGCUGUUGUAACGCUUUGAAAAAUAACAACAGUUGAUUUGUAUCUAAAAUCAUGAUAAUAUUCAGUCAUUUAUCCCCCUACCCUUCCAGUGCUAUCUGUUCUAACUGAAUUUCCACAAUGUUCAACUCCCACGAGUACUUUAAGUACUUUGAUUAAAGUUUGUCAGCCAGAUUAAGAAAACCAGUAACAAUGCUAGCUGCAUAUAAUUGUACCUUUUCAACCUUGUCAGUAUUGUGUACAGAAUAGUCAUCCCAAACAACUGAACGAAAUUCAAGAGUAGGUCUAAUAAAUUCUAUUUGUAAUUUUGACAUGUUUUCUACCAAAUUUGAACUGUGACGAUUCUGCAAAAUUAUUCUUAACUAUUCCGCAAACAUAAGGCAUUACGAUUUGAUCAUGUUUCUAAUAUUAUGGAAAUAUUAUUAAAAAAGAUGGUUAAUUUUACUGAGAUUCUACCAGGCAUUUAAAUACUUUUUCAACUUUUUUCUCCUUUACCUGAAAAGAAACACCUCUGCAUUUAGAAUUUCAUUUACUAUUUAAUGAGUAGCUCAGACCUAAGAGUUUGGAAGGACCUAUAUAUUCUUCAAUGAUUCUUUUUCUGAUAGAAACUGGGAAUAUUUCAAAUAUCGAGAACAAUUUUUAAAAAUCUCAAUAUAUCAAACAACCACAGUCCUUGUUGGUUUUAUGCAUACGAUAGUGCUUAUCGUAUGCAUAAAACCAACAAGAACUUUUAAUAUAUUCAACAUUUUUCUCGCCUAGAACGAAACAAGAUGAUUUUCUUAAUGAUCACUUUACUGCAACCGCCUUUGUGCGAUGAACGUUAAUUAACACCUGUCACCACACCUGUCACCACACAAGUAAGCCAUGGUCAACAUGUUUCUCUCCAAAUUGAAAAGGCAUAUUUUAUAGGGGAUAAACAAGAGGCUUUACUGUUCCUAUCAUUAAAGUUUGUAGAUAGUAUAAAAGCAGAGCAUCUGUGGUAAGCAUUCUGAAAAGAAGAAAUGGCAAAAUUGUUUGCUGGUCUGAUGUUUGUUACCCUUGCUGUCGUGAAUAUCAAUGGAGAUAAUCAUGAUAUUGCGAUGUCGGCAUGUAUGGGGCUUGCUGAGAGCGGAACAUAUAGUGCUGCUAUACCAAGAAAUUGUUACGAGACAAGGUCAUGUGACAACAUAUGUGUCGCUAUCAACAUGACGCAGGGACACCUUCCCAAAUCUGCCAGUUUGCCAAGGUGCAUAAAUUCUUUGCACAUCUACUCCAAUCCUGGCCCAAAGAACACAUUCAAUACAAAGUGGCUCAACUCUUGGAUAUUCGGAAGCUCUGGAUGCAGUAAGACUACCUGCGGACCAAACUACUGCUGCUGUACUUAUAAUUGAAUAAUUGUAUGACAAAAAGAAAUAAAUAUCAAUAUUUCAAUUAA